AGAUUCGAUUAGCAGAAUGGGAGCUCUAACAAAAGUGCAUAAAUUGUUGUUUCUAUUUAAACGUAAACAAAAAUUUUGUACGUGAAGAUAUGUCUGAAAUAGAGUCCGAUGACCAAGAUUGGUUCAAUAAAGAUGAAGAAGACAUAUUGCAGAGCUUGCAAUGCAAGGUAAACAACGAUUCUGCGAAAGCUACGGAAGCUAAUAUAGAAUAUAUUCAUGGCCCGUCAGAAACAGAUGAAUACCUUCAGCAAAAACGUCUGGAAGCUGCUUCGGACCUUGUGAAAGGUGCUAAUAUAAAAAAGAUGAAUACAACAGAGAUGCGCAAAGCAAUUAAUAUGGAACCUUUGGACACUUUCCUCUUCAUUAAAACAAACGAAACCGAUUUCUUCGUUGAUCAAAUUUCGUCUAGUGACGGAUUGGAACGGGUUAUAUUAUACUUGCGUAUUUGGUUUAAAGUGUGUGAACUGGAGCUUCCUGGAUUUCAAAGCGAGCUUUUACAAUACUUUGUGAACAAUGAAAUAUUCUUAGAACAAUUACGUGUUUUAAGUACUAAACUGUUGCGAAAAAAAUUUAAAGCGUUAUGGAAAAAUAUCGAAGAGGCAGACGAGAUCCUAAACGCAAUAAGAACACUAAUUAUUCGUUUGCAUAAAACUCAACUAAUAACAACCAAGGCUUCACAAGUAAUUCAGCAUAUAAAGAAACUAAUAGAAGAUAGCGAUAAUGCGGACAUGGUUCAACGACAAAUGUGUCAGCAGCUGAAAUUUGAGUUAGAUAGAGUUUUAAAUGAAAAGUGUAAUCAGCAAAAUGAAAACACUACGAUAUAUCCCACAAUUAAUGAAUUCUUAGAAGGAAACAACGGCGAGGACUGCAAUGACAUCAUCAAUCCUUUAAAAAUUUCCGAAAAAUUGAAAGUGUCAGAGUAUAUAGCCAAACAAAAGCAUAUUCUUCGUGAAGAUUUUAUGAUUCCGUUGCGUGACUAUGUUAGCAAAUUAAAAGAAUGCGGUGCAGUGCCACAUGGGCCAGAGAUAUUUGAAGACGUUUACAUAGUUCUUAAUACAGAUUUUAUCAAUGCAAAACGCCAUGAAUUGCUUUUCGUUGAUGUGUUAGGCAAACAGCGUCCAGUGAAGCAUGAUGACGUGAACUUGUUGCGUAAAAUAAAAACAAAACUUUCAACAUUUAAAACUGGCGCCUUAUUAUUACUAACAACAAAUACGAGUUUUGAAAAUCUUAUCCUGGCAACAGUUACUUACACUGAUGGAGAACUACUCAGUUUAGGAUACAUAGGUAUUGAAAUUGUGCGGCAAUAUAAUAUUGGAACUGUUUACGAUCGCCCUUUGUUGAUGUUUGAAACACCAGCCUUCUUUGAACCCUAUCACAACGUGUAUAAUUAUUUGAACACCUAUGGAGAGGAUAAGCUGCCUAUGAAGCAAUAUAUUAUGGAUGGCGAGUGUAAUGUGUCGCCCCCACGAUACCUACAGGCGAAUAAAUCAUAUUCAUAUGAUGGAGAAACAUUUAAAGUGAACGAAACAAAUCCAAACAAGCCGAAAAAUCUUCCACUAAAUGAAUCACAGUGGAAUGCAUAUUGUGAAGCGUUAACACACGAAUUUUGUCUAAUACAAGGUCCACCAGGCACUGGUAAAACCCAUCUAUCUGUACAUUUGGUGCGUACGCUUAUUGCGAAUGCUAAAACACCCAUUGUGCUAAUAACUUACACAAACGAUUCGUUAGACAAGUUUUUGUUGAAACUUUCUUCCUACACGAGCAACAUUUUAAGAUUCGGUAGCCAAACACGUCUGCCUGAAAUUUCAAAAUUUAAUGUUCAAUUCGAUUCGACUCAAAAAGAAACGGUAAAUCCACGUCUCAAACGCCUCUACUAUGCUGUAAACGAGGAAUUUAAAGCGAAAUUCCAAAUUGUACAACAAAUGCAGACAAAUUUCGAUGGCAGCGAGGAGUCCUAUCAGAAUUUGUUGGCAGCGCAGCGCGCUGUGAGCGAUGUAACUGAGAAAUUAAAAACAAUACGCAUUAUGUUUCAAUUCUAUGCAGCACGAAAAGCAGAUAUCAUAGCAAUGACUUCAACUUAUGCUGCUAGAACCAAUUUCCUCUUUCGUUUGCUGCAAAGCAAAAUCGUGAUUUUCGAGGAAGCAGCGGAACUUUUGGAAUCACACGUACUUGCUUGCCUAACGCCCUACACCGAACAUGUCAUCAUGAUUGGUGAUCAUAUGCAGCUGAAGCCUUACACAACAAACUAUCGGCAUAGCCGCACUUGUCAAUUAAAUAUUUCGUUAUUCGAACGCCUAUUUCUUAACAAUUUGAAAGGAUACACGCUUAACGUGCAGUAUCGUAUGCGCCCCUGUAUUGCAGAUCUAAUUCAUCCCACCAUCUACACUGAGCUAAUGAACGAUGAAACGGUAAAAAGUUAUCCAAAAGUUCGAAACAUGCUUAAAGAUUUAUAUUUUUGUACACACAAUGAGACUGAAUUCUUCUCAGAGGAUGAAUGCUCCAUAUAUAACAUGUAUGAGAUAGAGACAAUUUUAGAAUUGGCAAAAUUUUUAAUAGAAAAUGCUGCUUAUACCGCAAAUGAUAUUGUUAUAUUGAGUCCUUAUGCCAAGCAAGUGGAACGCCUCAAAUACAAGGCAAAUAACUAUUUCGGUAAUAUUAAGUUGAAUAUUUCGACUGUGGAUAGCUAUCAGGGUCUGGAGGCGAACAUCGUACUUUUGUCAUUAGUACGCAGCAAUACCAAAGGACAGAUUGGAUUUCUCAAAGAGAAGAAUCGUAUUUGUGUAGCGUUGUCGCGUGCUAAACAUGGCCUCUAUAUCAUUGGAAAUUUACCGUUAUUAGCUAAGUGCAGCGAGACUUGGAGGGCCAUCGAACAGAAAUUAAAGGCACAAGAGGCUAUUGGCAAAACAUUUCCCAUAAUGUGUGAAGAACAGCAAUAAAAACCGUUGAGUUAAACUGUUAAGUUAAAAACCGUUACUUGAAUUGCAUGUGGAACUUAUGUAUUUCUUUCACGUGUAUUCAAUAGCUAUAAAAUAAAAGGCAGCUAUUUGAUAUUUUGACUUGAGACUUUAUUUAUUUUAUUUUUAUUUAUGAAAGUUCUUUUUUUAUUAUUUAAUUUUCUUGUUAUCAUUUAUUUAUGCUUCUUCUUCUAUAACCACUUUUAAGCUACACUACAAUGAUAAAAUUUUACUGAAUUCAUAUUGGCUUUCCCUUUGUGUUCCGUUGCUUUGCUUUUAUGUAUGUAUUAAGUAAUUGAUACGGUUAGAUAAUGUUCUCGCAAUUAUAAUUUAUAUAUGUUUAUGCCUUGAAUUUAAAGAAAAACUGCACUAUAUAUGUACGUAUGUAUGUUUGUGGUAGCUAAUAAUGUCUAAAAUAUAUAUUUCAACAGUGUGUGCAAUAAGGAGUCAAACAUAAUUAGUAUUACAGCAUGUUACAGAUAAAGCAUAUUUGUGUUUUUUUCAUUCAAUUAACUUUCUAUAGUUUUAUAAUGAAUUUUUU